GCGGCGCCCCCAGGUCCCCAUGGCUCCCUGAGCGCGACGGUGGCGGCGGGUUCCUUGGGCCGCGCCCUCGGCCGUGAGCGAGCUCGAUGCCGAGCACCUCGGACGCAGCGGCCGGCGGGAGCGGGGGCAGCCGGGGCUGGGGCAGCGGCGGUGGCGGCAGCGCGGCGGUGGAGGCGGCGGCUGACAAGAAGCGGCUGCACCACCGGAGACGGAAGCGCUUCGCGGCCCAGCCGCAGCCGCCGCCGCCGGCCCCGCACCCGCUGCUGUUCCCGCUGCUGCAGCCGCCGCUCCUGCAGCCCCCGCUGCUGCAGCCGCCGCUGCCGCCACAGUCCUUGCUCUUCCUGGCGGCCACCGGCGCCUCCUCCUGUUGCGGGGAUGGCGGGGAGCGGAAGCGACCGCGAGGCAAGCGGCGCUCGGGCUCCCGGCACAAACGGCGGCGGGGCCGCGGCGGCGGCGGCGGGGGCACCCAGGAGGCGGAGAAGAGGCGCGGUAGCGGCGGGUUGAGCACACUGGUGGAGGAAUACGACGACGUGAGCUCCCAGUCCGAAGGACUAUUGGGCAGCGGCGCGGCCGGCGGAGGCAGCGGCGGGGGCAGUCCGGGCUCCUCCUCGGGCGGUGGGACCCAGCGGCAGCGGGGCGAGGCGGAGCGAAGCGGCCGGUCCCGGCGGGAGCACCGGGGCAGCAGCGGGCGCUCUAAGGAGCGGCACCGAGAGCAUCGCCGGCGGGGAGAGGAAAAGGCACAGCAGGAGGGGACGGCGGCACCGGGCCGCGGGACAUCCGAGCCCUCCUCGUCCUCCAAAUCCCGCAGCCGCCACAACCACACCGGGAGCCAAGACCGGGAGGGACUCAAGAGCAGCGGCAGCAGCGGCGGUGGCAGCGACGGCCGCAGGAAGGGCUCCCUUGCCUCGCCCAGCAGCGGCAGGAAAGAUCGGGAGAGCAAAUCGCACCGGAGCCGGACUAAAGCGGCUAAAGAACCGCCAUCGGCGUACAAGGACCCUCCGAAAGCUUACCGGGACGACAAACCCGAGCCCAAGGCGUACCGGCGGCAGCGCUCGUCGCCCAGCCCCGGCCGGGAUGACAGCCCUCCUCUGCACCGCUCCUCGCAGAGCCAGCGCAGCCGCAAGUCGCUUAGCCCGGUGGGCGCCCGCUCGCCGCUCAGCCCCUACAGCCGACGGCGAUCCCCUAGCUACAGCCGGCACAGCUCGUACGAGCGCGGCGGGGAUGUGUCGCCCAGCCCCUACAGCAGCUGGCGUCGGUCGCGGAGCCCCUACAGCCCCAUUAUCCGGAGAUCAGCAAAAUCUCGAAGCAGAAGUCCAUAUUCAUCAAGGCACUCCAGGUCUCGUAGCAGACACAGAUUGUCUAGAUCCAGAAGUCGUCAUUCAAGUAUUUCUCCUAGUACAUUGACUCUGAAGAGUAGCCUGGCUGCUGAGCUGAACAAAAACAAAAAAGCAAGAGCUGCUGAGGCAGCCAAAGCCAGUGCAAAAGCUUCCAAUACUUCAACACCUACUAAGGCAAACACUGACACUGCUGUAAACACACCUCAAGUGAACAAUGUUAAGGACCUGAAGAAAAUCAAAACUGAGCAUACACCUUCUCCUACCAGCAGUGCAAAUCUGAAGAACGACAAGGCAAAAACAAAGGUCUCACUUCCUGAAGCAAAAGCGGAAAAUAAUUUAAUUGCAGACAAAAUUACUAAACAGAAGCCUGCAGCAGUCAAAGAGAAUAAAUUGACUGUUGUGAAACAGCCACCGGUCCCUGUCAAAGAGAAAAGCAAACCGAGUGCACCAAGUGUAGCAGCCAAGGAGAAGGAUCGAAUUGUUACGCUACCGACCUCCACACUGCCACCCUUGCCUUUGCCUCCCACGCUGCCUGAAGAUAAAGAAACUGAUAGUUUGAAAGAGAAUCUUUCAGUGAAGUCAGUUAAAGAAACAGAGAAGAAACUUCGCCAUCUGCUUGCAGACUUGCCACUUCCACCUGAGUUGCCUGGAGGAGCUGAGGUACCCAAAAGUCCUGAAGAAAAGAAACCAGCAGUUCAGUUACAUAGCAAGAGAAGACCAAAAAUAUGUGGACCACGACAUGGUGAAACAAAAGAAAAAGAAAUAGACUGGGGAAAGCGCUGUGUAGAUAAAUUUGAUAUCAUUGGUAUUAUUGGUGAAGGCACUUAUGGGCAAGUUUACAAAGCCAGAGAUAAAGAUACGGGGGAAAUGGUAGCAUUGAAGAAAGUGCGCCUGGAUAAUGAAAAGGAAGGGUUUCCAAUUACAGCUAUUCGAGAGAUUAAGAUUCUUCGACAGCUUAAUCAUCAAAGCAUUAUCAACAUGAAGGAAAUAGUGACGGAUAAGGAAGAUGCUUUGGACUUCAAGAAGGACAAAGGUGCAUUUUACCUGGUAUUUGAAUAUAUGGACCAUGACUUGAUGGGACUGCUGGAAUCUGGUUUGGUUCAUUUUAAUGAAAAUCAUAUUAAAUCUUUUAUGAGACAGCUGAUGGAGGGCUUGGCCUAUUGCCACAAGAAGAACUUCUUGCACAGAGAUAUCAAAUGUUCAAAUAUUCUACUAAAUAAUAGAGGGCAGAUAAAGCUUGCAGAUUUUGGGCUUGCUCGGUUGUACAACUCAGAAGAAAGCCGACCAUAUACCAACAAAGUUAUUACGUUAUGGUAUCGGCCUCCUGAACUUCUCCUUGGGGAAGAAAGAUACACACCAGCUAUCGAUGUCUGGAGCUGUGGCUGUAUCCUGGGUGAACUUUUUACAAAAAAGCCUAUAUUUCAAGCAAAUCAAGAACUUGCUCAACUGGAACUCAUAAGCCGAAUUUGCGGAAGUCCUUGUCCAGCAGUGUGGCCUGAUGUUAUAAAAUUAGCUUAUUUCAACACAAUGAAACCAAAGAAGCAGUAUCGUCGAAAACUGAGAGAAGAGUUUUCUUUCAUCCCACCAGCUGCAUUAGAUUUAUUCGAUUAUAUGCUUGCUCUGGAUCCCAGCAAGCGCUGCACAGCUGAACAAGCUCUUCAGUGUGAGUUUCUGCGAGAUGUGGAACCAUCUAAAAUGCCUCCUCCAGACCUUCCUUUGUGGCAGGAUUGCCAUGAGCUGUGGAGUAAGAAACGCAGAAGACAGAAGCAGAUGGGCAUGACUGAUGACUCUACAGCAGCUAAAGUCCCUAGAAAGGAUCUGUCUCUAGGCAUGGAUGAGAGCAGAACCAACACCCCACAAGGCAUGCAAACUUCUUCCCAACUCAAAACUCAGGGCAACUCUAGUGUAGCACUUGCAAAAACAAGCACUGGACAGCAGUUAAACCAGAAUGAAGUGGCAAUCCUGCUAAACCUGCUACAGUCUAAAACAAGUGUUAGUUUGGCACAGUUUGCCCAAGUAUUGAAUAUUAAGGUAAACCCAGAGACUCAGCAGCAACUAAAUAAAAUAAAUCUUCCUGCUGGAAUUUUGUCAGCAGGUGAAAAACAGUCAGAACAGCAGCAGCAGCAGCCGCCACCGCCUCCGCCACCACCUCCCGAGCAGGAGCCUCUAAAACAGCCGAUGGUGACGCAGCCCCCUGUGCCACCUGCUCAGCUGGGUCAGCCUAAAGUUGAGACUGAUGCUGCCCAGGCAGCUGUGCAGAGUGCAUUUGCUGUUCUGUUGUCUCAGUUAAUAAAGGCUCAACAAACAAAACAAAAAGAUUUUGUGUUGGAGGAGAAGGAAAAUGGAUCAGGAAAUGAAAUGUCGUUGCAACUCAGGCAGCCUCCAGAGCCCGCCACUCCUGUGUCUGUCAGCCGGGACGACGUGGAAUCUCCGGCACCUGGCUACCCACAUCUGAUCAAGUCAUUAUACGUGUCUGCAGGUCAAGAGGAUUUGGUUAGGCAGUCGGAGAUGAGGCUUUUGAACCGAACACCUGAGCAGGAGCGCCCUCGGAUCUUGCCUCCAGAUCAGCGUCCCCCCGAGCCACCGGAGCCUCCGCCGCUCACUGAUGAAGACCUUGAUUAUCGGACAGAGAAUCAGCAUUUGCCUAUAAGUAACUCUUCAGGAACAGAUCCUCACGCAGGAGUGAAAGCAGCUCUUCUGCAGCUGCUGGCUCAGCAUCAAGCUCAGGCGACAACGGAGGAGCCAGUACCAACGAGUGUGGAUUAUCAGGCUAGAGACUCCUAUGUAACAGGCCCAGACUACAAGGAUAACUUUGGAUCAUCAUCCUUCUCAUCCGCCUGUUACAGCACUAGCGAUGGAAUAGGAAGCGGAUCAUCAGGAGUAUUAGAAAGGAGGAGUUUCCUUGGAAACUCCGAUAUUCAGUCUUUGGAUAACUACAGUACUGCUUCAUCUCACUCUGGUGCUGCCCCUCCUCCAUCAGCCUUUCCAGAACCCUUUCCCAGCUCAGUAACUGGUUAUGGAGACAUUUACCUCAACGCUGGCCCCAUGCUGUUCAGUGGAGAUAAAGACCAUAGGUUUGAAUACAGCCAUGGCCCAAUCCCGGUUUUGGGGAGCAGCAGUGAUGCUUCCACAGGGCCAGAGAGUGCGCACUCUUUGCCCACAAAGAUGCACAACUAUAGCUAUGGAAGUAAUUUACAGGAAAAUCCCACUGGCAUCAGCCACAUGCAUGGACAGACUUGGACUUCUCCUGCGCAAGGACCUGGCUAUUCCCAAGGAUACAGGGGACACAUUAGCACAUCUGCAGUGAGAGGGCGAGGCAGAGGAUUACCAUAUUAAGUAUCUGUUUUUCCUCAGGCACAUCAUUUUUAUCUGGAAAAACUUCUCCCCCCCAGCUGCAGUUUAAAGCAGCAAUUCAACAAACUUGAAUAAUGUUAAUUCAACAGCUUUAUUUUUAUGUGGAAAAGGGUCUUGCAUACAGUAGGAAAAAUUUAAAAAUGCUUACAACUCAUGCUGUCUGAAAACUAGAUGACUUGAUUGUACAUGUUCACAAACUCUAGUUCUGACUUUUAUUUUGUAUUUUGGCAGUUUUAAGUGGAUGCUAAAUUUAGGGACAUCAGCUUUUUAUGGCACUCUUUCAGAUCUUCUGAACUAUGCACAUUUGUGCUUUUUUUGUAAGUUUGGACCAACUUUUAUGUAAAAAAGAAAUUUUACAACAAUCAAAGCAGGGCACUGAUUUAUUUGGUAUUUUUCUUUUUACAGAACUACCUUUAGUCAAAGGUCACUGUCAGUCUUUGCACUGCUUUCAGUGUUAUUGUGGAAGGUGUACUUCGUGCUCAUUUCAGAUAAUAAAACACAACCUUUCUCUUGAUGCAAAAUUUUAUAAAUAUUUGGUCAACGUUUUUUUUUUUUUUCUUUUAAGAAAAAAAAAGAAUGGGUGUUCUGGUAAAAUGUUCUCUCCAUCUCCCGCGCUUGUUUAUAUAAAAACUGUUUUACUUGAAUGGUAAGUGCCUUAACAUGUAAGCUUAAGGUCUGCAAAAAUUUGGAAGUACUUCAUAGGUUGAUAUGAAUAUAACACCUAAACCUAGGUAAUUAACAAGAGAAUUCAGAUGAUAAUAAUAAGAAACUCAAACAGGUCAUAAUCUUGUGGUGUUUACUUCAAAUAGGCCAGUUACUCAGAGACCUGAUCUUACCUAGAUUAAAUCCUAAUUUCCAAAUUGAACUUCAUGAGAAAUGUUGAAAGUGAGGAGAAGAAUGAAGAGUGUAGUUUUUCCUCAGCUCCCUAUUGGAGUUGUAGUAAGUGUUUUAGUUCCUCUGCCAAAUAAACUAUACUUUGUAUGUCCUUACCAAGUGAUGAAAUAGUUUUGUUUUUUUCUCUUAAAUGUCAACAGCAGUAAUUUCUUUACUUUGUGUGAAAAGCUGACACUGUUUGUCUUUUUACCCCAAGUACUGCAUUGUAGGAAGUAACCAAAGGAAAAAAGACCAGUAUUUAAAGCAAUGGCAAAAUGUUUGACACUAGUUGUAAUUCGCUGUAAACUUGUGAUUGUGCCAAUUAUUUGAUUUUAUAUCUGCUAUUCCACAGAACAUUUUAAUGUUGGAGUUGAGUGUCUCGGAACAACUGAAAUUAUUAUAGUUAAAACUUACCAAGAGCCACUCCUCAUACUAAUUACAACUUUCAGCGUGGUUUCUUUUUUUGUUUGUUUUUUUUGUUGGGUUUUUUUUUUUUGGUUUUUGUUUUCUCUGACAACAAGUGGUCUCUCUCCUGCAGAGAGGAGGUAUGUUUAUAUUUUGCCUGUACGUAAAAGGAUGUCUUGAAGCCCAUAUGGGAAACAAUUUUCCAACUGAUUAUCCAGUUGACAAAUCGGUACCUUAUGUAACUGAGUGUUUAAAUACUACUUUUUAAAAAGUAAAAUUUCUACUUACACUAUUACAAAUGUCUUGUCAAUGACUUUUUGGAUUUUCAGAAUAGAAGCCAAAGCUCUUGGUGUUUUGUUUUAAUUGAAAAUCCUUUAAUUGAAAAUUGAACGUUACUCAUACAUGGCUGAUUCCUACACUAUAGAGCAUGGAGAAACUCCCUUUGCUAACUGUGUAGUGUUUGAGGAUCUAGCUGAUGAGGAGUGGAGAGAGUCCUGCUGCUUAUGCUGUCUCGGAGUCUAGCAGUUGCCUUUAGUAGAUACAGUAGAAAAUCCUGCCAUCUGAAAAUAGAAGUGGCCAGGUCAGAAACAAAUACAAUCUGAAUAGCCUGUGCUUAAGAAAGGCAAAAACUUCAUGUGAAUGACAGUGCACUGGACUGGUUUUUCCCAUGAGUAAGGGCAUAGCAUUUUUCUGCUAGUAAAAGUUUAAAAACAAAAAUCAUUAGUGUCAUUUAGAUAUGGACAGAGUACACUAAGGCUCUUUUUUUACUAAUCUUUAAAAAACCCAGACCCACAAACAUACACACAGAUUGCUUCUCUUUUUUUUUUUUUGUUUUUUUUCCUAGAAUCAAGUAAAAUACUUUCCAAGCUUACAUGCUCUUACUUUCACUAAAGAUGUGCAGUCUGGAGUUACUCAUCCGCACUUAAAGUGUAACUGCAGGCAAUAGUUGGCUAAAAACACAGGUAAGUUCAAAUGCAAAGUAGUUCUCAGAGAAAUAAACUGAUUGACUUCCAAUACAAAAAUACAAGGAAGGAACAUCUACCUUCCCUUUUAGACAUAAAUUUUCAAGUCAUUUAGUUAGCUUUAUUCAAUGCAGAGAAGUUGGUCCCCUCUGCAUCUGUAAAUGAGUGUACAGUUUCCUGAUGGGCUGGCAGUACUCUCAGACAUUGUUCUACCAAAAUGGAUUUCAGUCUUUGGCCAUGAAAAAAACCCAACAGCCCCAGCACAAGUAAUCCUGAUUGUAAGGAGAGAGAGAAGGUGCAAUAAACAGUUGGCUUCCAGAUGAAUCAGAAACAAAACUCCAGUAUGCUGUAGCAGAUGAAUACUGUACAAUGAAUUUUCCCCAGCAUAAGUAUUACUAACCUGUGAUUUUGAACACUGUAUUUGCCUGGGAGAACAGUGUUGGGAUAAUUUGGAGAGAAAGUUAAUGUAUUUCCGUAUGUGAUAACUCUGAAAAAAACGACCUUCUCUGCAACCCAGGGAAUCUUUUUGGCUUUUUUGCUGAAAUCUUUCCUCCUGGGCUAGUGGAGGUUGGGUGCAGGUAAGGAGCUCUGCCCUUUAGGGUGUGGCAGGAGGAUUGGUGCCUGCAGCCACUCUCCCCUGGCCUGGAAUUGUAUCUGAGCAGGUUAGCAGCCAGGAAACUGCCCAGAUCUAAGGACAGUAGUUCCACAUUCCUUUGUACUGGGCCUGUGUGUUACCUGUCAGCAUUUAUUUUGAAUUGAAUCACAUGAUGAGGUGCUUAUGGCAGCAUUUUACCCUUAUGUGUGAACUCCACUCAGCAGAGAGUCUGUAAUAGUUUGGCAUUUUACAUCAUGUGGCUCUUGCAUUUUUGAUGCAGUACUGAAAACAGUGCUACUUUACUGCGGAGCUGUGGCUUUUAUUACUUUCUUCCUCAUUCCUUUGGGUUUAUGUUUUCUGUGCUGCAAUUCCAAAGUGAGCUACAGAGACCUGGAUACUACAUCAAAAAGUAAGUGUUGUGUGUUUGUAUUUCUAAAUAAACAUACUGAAAUACUGUAAUAAUGGACUAUCAAAUAGCAAGUACUUCAUUAUUUGUAGUAAGUGGUCUUCAGCAGCCAUACCAAGAGGAAGAAAGCGAGCACGACUGGACUGCUUAUGACCGUAACUUAAAACAGUUUUAGACUAUUGUAAUGCUUAAAUUCAGCCAAAGGAAAAGCAAACGGCUUUUAUGGAUCGCUAGUUGUUGUUACUCUGAACAGAAUGAGCGGUGCUAGGGAAGAGAUAUAAAAAUACAUGUAUCCUUAAAUGUUAAUAUAAUUUCUUGAAAAAAUAAUUUUAAAAUGACAAACUUCUAUAUUUUCUUAUGUUUCCAUAAAACGUGGUCUCUCUUACAUUUUCUCUAUCCCACAGUAAUGUCAGGUGCUUUCUAGAAGCAGAGGCAGUAACUGCCAUGUUGUAAGUUCUUACGGUUUUGAGUGCUCUUCUCCUUUUGCUUUCAGUUUUAGUGGAGGCAGUUUUAGUUUUGGUGAAGUUUACAGUUGGAUAAGUUUAAUUGAUAAUUGUGUGGUAAAAACUGAAGUAUUGAAGUAACACAGGAUACCUCUUGUCUGCAGGCAAAUUAGGUCUUGGACCAUAAAUUCUGUUUCCGGGAGAGAAAAAUGUCAGAUGUACUACAUGCAUUCUUCUUUUCAUUAAUAAAAUAUGCAAGUGUUUUACAUACAACAUUUCUCCAGUCUGUUCUGUUACAGUGUUUUUUACAUGAGGAAAUUUUGGCUAUUACCCUUCUUGAGAGUUUUGGGAUGUUCUGUAUUUGCAGAAGUGUGUCAUGAAAUUAGGAAUCACCAGAAAAUUUAUUUGAAUUCUAUAUUUAAAAAUAAAAUUACCUUGGGUUGACAUAAAAUCAAAUUGACUUGCUUAUCAGGGUGAAGAAACUUUAUUGCAGGAGUUAUUUCGAGACAACUUAAUUUAAAAUAAAUUGUUAUGCUUCAGCUUGCUUACUCUUUGUUAUUUUAAGCCAUUUGUAUAUAAAAUGUAUUGUGUGGCCUGUAAAUAAAAUACAUGAAAAUUGAAGUCUUUCCCUGUUUUCCCUCUCUGGUUGUCAAAUAGCAUUUCAAAAGACAAUUGGGUUAAUCAGAAUGUUUUCAGUGUAUUGAAAUUCUGCAAGUUAUUAGUGAAACCCAUGUACUGCUCCAGUCCUGUUUCAAAGGAGCCCUGCAGGGGCUGGCACUGCGAGCCUUUGCUGGCAUUGUGGAUGAUGCAGAAGCCAAGGUGCAGCAAAGCAUCCCUUUGAGAACUGCUGGUGCCCCAAGAGCAGGCAGAGUGCUGGGAUGUGGGUGUGGGACAGGGGCUUUGCCAGUGCUGAGAAGCUGCUGCUUCAGCACCUGUGAGCUGCUCGGAAUGGUGGGUGAUGGACAACGUGACAUUUUUUCUUUGCAGUGUCCAAGCGGAGGUGCAGUUAAUAUUCUCCACCACUGUCUCUUUAAAGAGGAUGGUGCGUGUGUUGGAAACAAUGGGAAAUCAAACCCAAAGAGCCAGGUAUUUUCUGUGUGAGAAGACUAUGAAUUGCGCCUGCCUUAAGCAACUGUGCUUUGCAUGCCUGAGGCUUUUCUUGCUUUUUUCCUACUGUAUUAGUUAAUCUAAUGAAAACUUAUGAAUCUUUAAAUAAAUGCUAUACCUCCAUCCAAAAAUCUGGCACUUGCUGUUAUCUUCAGUUCUCUUGAAGCAGAGUGCUGCUUCAUCACUUGUCAUGGAUAAAGUCAAUAGAUGGGCAAUGAAAAUGCAGUUGGAAGUUACAGGGGCUAACAGCAUUUACAUAGGUGUCAUUUGACGUUAGGCUGACAAGAUGUGUAGCUGCAGCCCAAAACAUCUCACUCUGGAAGCAAUAUUUUGGUGACAGCUACAAUUAAAACCUGACCUUCAGUUCUGGUGACAAGCUCAUGCUGUAUUUCACAGGGUGUUGACUUGCACGUAGCAGAUCUGGCAGUUGUGCGUAACCAAUUCUCAUUGUCUGCUCAGUUUUUCUCAUGAAAUCUGCUAUUGCAACUCAUAACAAAGUUGUGACAAAAUUGGCUCUGGUUUAUGUUGAAGCAUGAACCAGAAAUUGUUUGAGAAUGGUGCAGCAUCCCUUUCAUUGAGCUCUUGCUGCCAUAGGCAUAGCCAGCUGUGCAAUGAGGUACCAGUUAUAAUUCCAGUGGGAUCGGCAUCUCAAUUGACAACUUCAGCUGCAAGUAAAAUAGUAUCAAGUGAAAGAGGAGAUAUACAAGUAACUGCAGAACAACCUGUAUCAACACAAAGCAAGAAAUGGCUCUAUGAAAUUGGUGGCAAGAGAGGAAACCAGUCUACUUUUUAAAGCUGUGAGUUAUUGCCUGUUAGCUUUAAAGAACAAUGCAGUUUUGCAGAAAUUUCUUUUAAAUUACCUGAACCAGUAUUAGCUUGCUUCUGUUUUUGAGGAAUGCCUAUAAAACCUGACAGGCCAUCUGGAUGAACAGGAUUAGAGCUACCAAACUCCCCCAAUAUGGAAGAAAAUGUUGGAACACUUUGUAGUUGCAGUAAACAUGGGCAGAGAGAACUUCACUUGACAAAUAAGGGUAACUGUUGCUUUUCCCAAUCAAUUGCAUUCGCGUUGAUGGAGCUUAAGGGUUUUGCUUUUAAAGUAGUUUACUUGUUAUGGCUGCUUAUUUUGGGACUUUUUUAUUGCCUAUGGAGAGAAGGCAGAGCCAGAGGAAGGCACAGUCACAGUUUGAGCCUUAUGGUAACAUCUCCUUCAGUUAGAGCAGCCCUUGCCAGCAGGCAAUACUUUGAUUACUUCACACAGCAUGGCUUCAAUUCUUCUUUGGCAGUUCCUCUGGGGGCACUUUGGACCUACUAUUGAUAUGGCAAAUUUCAUAACAUGGUGAAUGUACCUUCAAUGGGACUUUUUGCAAAGAGGUUCUGAAGUGGGUUUUUUUUUUCAAUAUUAGGAAAUACAGUGUAGAGGAAAGAAACAUAGCUGGCUAGAAAGGGGAAUACUUGAGAGUAAGCAUUACAGAAACUUGUGUGCUGCCCUUAAGUAACUUGGGGGAAUAAGUGAUUAGUAUUUGACUUGGGCAGAUAUCUCUCUUCUCUACUCCCUCCUGUGUGCUAGGCUGUGGUAUCAGUUGCUAGAGGACAUAGCUGGAAGCAAGCGUUUAAUGUGUAGCAAGCUCUAACACAGAUGCCUUUUUUCUUUCCUCCUGCAAGUUCUUUCCAGACCUGUUUUACAAAUGUGUAAAGCAUGUCAGCAGGUUCCAUCACAGGGAACAGCACACUCUCCACGGCCUUUCGAGGAUCUUGGUCGUGCCCAGGUGUCAGGAAGCACUGAUGUCUGCUUACCCCGCCUUUGGGAGCCUCUCUGAGCAUCAAUGCCCUAAAAGCUACCAGUGCCGCUUUCUCUGCUUGCUCUGUCUCCAGGCCACCCUGAGAAAAGAAUGGACUGCUCAGAGAACUGAACAGAAGCCUCACUUUAGGAGAUGAUUUUCCGAGAGUAAUGAGCAAGGAAGAGGUAAUUACUUUUUUAUUUUCAUUCUCCUUCAUCUUUACCAACUGCAGAAAGGACCUACAGGAAUGGUUUCAAAGCAAGACCUGGUUUGGUGGUGGGUUUUUUGUUUAGUUGGUUUUGGUUUUUUAAAAAUUUUCUGGUUUCCUUUACUGGUAUUGCCUUUCAGAGAGCAUUUGGAUAUUAGAAACUGCGUGCAAAUCAAUGUAGGAUUGAGAAACUGGGACUUCUGCUUUGCAGCUAACCUGGUGGCAAAAAAUGCAUGGAAGUUACAGAAGAGGAGCAGGCCAUUCCCCGCUUUCCUGCACUAGAGCUAAAAUUAAAACACAUCCUCACACUGGAAAACAAAAGAUGACGUGCACAGUGGACAAAAACAGCAGCCAAAGUUAUCCAGAUGCAGUCUUGUAACCUUUCCUGUCUGACAAGUACACUUGAAAACUCGUGUCAUCCCUGGGCUGGAAUCCUUGCCCUCAAGACAAGGAAGGCAGUGAACCUUCUGAUUGCACAGGCACUUUCCUGCUUUCUUUGCACAACCAAGAUAAAUUGUGACCAUUUUUUAAUCCCAUUUUUUUCUAAAAGUUCUUUGUGAGGGGGAGGGGAAAGGGAAUGGACUAAUAACUAGAGAUGACACGGAAAAUGAACAGGAAUCUAUUAAUGCUGUAUAUGAGGAGUAGUAAUAAUAGUUUAAAAUGUAUCUGCAGAUGGUUUGGCAAUUGCACAUCAGGAAAGUAUUACUCUACACCUGGCAGAUUUUAGAAGCCAUAAACAUUUUUCUCCCCCGACUGCUUCUUGUUAUGGAUUACAGAUCCUGCUGUGAGACUUCCAAGCAAGCACAUACAUUUAUGCAAGACAGUGAAACAAGACAUGCAGGUAGUAGUAAUAAUUUUUAUUUGCAAACUGUACUUGCCAUGACAACGUUACCUUUUGGGAAUAAUGACAAAACAACCAACAAAUUCAAGAGAACUUUGCAGACCUGUUCUAUCAGAAAUUCAACCCUAUUCCAGCUUCUACCAUCAGGUGAACUGGAGGUGACCACCUCUUUCAACUGAUCUCCUGGGAAGCUCCAGUUCAAUUUGGGUAUUUCUUGCUAGUCUCAGCUGUUAGAAUGCAAAUUGCUUCUUCAUAUCCAGGGAAACAUUCUGCAUGUUUUAUUUAAGUGACUGUCAUUUGUUGCUACCUUGCAGCCUCUUCCACUAUUUUGGUUUUUUUUUUUCUUUUUUGUUCCUCAGUCUUGUAUUAAGGUUUCAGCAUUAUGGAGUUUUUGUAUUGUAAAAACUAUUACACAAUGUCCUUCAUUAUGGGAAGCUGUAAAUUAAAGCACUGAAUAAGUAUUUCCAUCAAGUUCUAAAAAUGUCGGAUUGUUUGAGAUGCAGUCCCAAUAUGAGGCUUCCUCCUGUCUUGGCUAAAGUAUGUUUCUGUCUAAAUAUUUAAUCCAUAUGACAUGUUUGUGGUGGCAAGAGCAGAAUGGGAGUAAGGAGCAUCCAACAGAACUAAAUAAGGUCACUGCAGUCCAUAUAAAAUAAGGAAGCUGGUAGUUUAAAUUCAGGUGAAAUAACUAAUUUCCUCUAAAGAAUUGGGAAGAAAAAUGCUAUGAGAAUGAGAGGGAUCAGUUAUAUUGACUAAAUAAAAAUAAAUAUGUUUGCAACCUUCUCCUGUCAACAUAAGAGGCUGCAGUUAACAGGAAAAAGUCAAGAUUUCAUAUGCAAAAUAGAAAGAACAUAAAAUACAGAUGCUUCACUGAUACUCAAUUUGAUGGAAUCUAUUUCUUGUGCUUUAAGUGUGAUGGAUAUUGAAAACAGCUCAUCCUAUAGGAAAUGGUGAUAACUGACCAAGUUUCUACACAAUGCAGAGACAACAGUUUGACAAGACAAAAUCAUCAUGGAAAAUGCACAAGCACUUGCUUUGCUGUGCAGAGUAUUUAAUAGGACAUGGGCUCCACCCUUUCCAAGAAAGCACCAUUUGGUUUGUAAUGCCUUGACAAGUCGUGUUACUCUGCUGAAAGAUUGCACAGGUCAGGAGAGAGAACACAUCCACAGCAGCAUUAAUAAAUUCAUCAGCACACAAACAGACCCAACAAAUGGGAUUAGAUUUCUUAUUGGUAGAAUGCUCCGAAGUGCACCAGGGAAGCUGGCAGCUCCUACUGUUCUUCAGGGCACUUCUAAAACUGUUCCUAAAUUGGAAGGCAAAAGCUGCCUUAAGUUGUCAUUAAGCACUCUGCAGGUAGUCAUUAAAAGCAAGAAAUCAGGUUUGUAACACUUGUAUUAUAGACCCUGUGUUUUGCACACAUCACGUACAUCAUGUGAAGUAUUACAUAUUGCUAGAAUAUAAAUUCAGCAUUUGCAUAGCUUGACCACUACUACUAGGAAUGUGUUUUUAGGCUUGAUUUCCUGUAGCAUUUAAAAAAUAAAAUGCAUGAAAAGACUUAUCGUUAUGGUGACAGUCCUAUGCUUUAGAAAGUGAUUAUGUCACUUAAUGCUCCUGUCCAAAAAGAGUCCCCAGCCAAAAAACCCUUCAGGACCUGAAACCUCAACUCUAGAAAUAAAUUUGUGGAUUUUUUCUGUUUUGAACUGUGGAAAGUUUAUUACAUUUUAUAAUACUCUUACAAUUGUUUUUCUGACUCAGCAAUCUGAAAAGCUGAACCACAGGAGAUUGAGAGAGCAGGUGCUGCACCAUAUUAGGCAUCAAUCAGUUACGAAGAACUAGUCAUUAAAAAAAUAAACAAAAACAAAGGUCUUGUUUAACUAAAGCCUAGUGAACUAAAGACUAUUUUGGUCCAUGAUGACUCCUUGAGAAUCUUCCACUGGAAGGUGCUAUGCUUCUGAUUACAGCAUAAAUCAUUUCCAUAUGCAGUGAAAUUCAAGAGAGUAAAUACUUCUUUUCCAAGGAGAUCUUGACCUCCAUUGCUAUGAUGUUGUGAAUGAAAACUUAAAACUAUUAUCUUAGGUUGAAAUUGUUCCUGCCAUCAUUGCAGAUUUUAGUUCUGACUAAGGAUGAAAACCAGAACCCCUGUUAACUUCAGCAGGGAUUUCCAUUUAAUUCUCCAGUGUCAGAAUUUCCCUUUUAAACAGAAUGUUGGGGAUUUUAAAUAAAACCACCUUCCAUUAAAAAAAAUUAUGUACAAUUUGGCAUACAUAUUUUGGCCACGAAGAUUUUCUCUUGGAGAGCUGUGAAGCACACAAAUAUGUAGAUUAUCAAAGAAAUUAUGGAAAUUCUCAUCUAUUCGAAGUUUUUGAAUGCUUAUUCUUUUCAUAAGAGCAAUGUUUCUGAGUCUAAUUGUAUUCUUCACAGUAGAUUUGAAGGGUGCUUGAGGAAAUCAAGGAGUUCUUUUUAGAACUCUAUCAGAAUUUGGAACAUUUAAUGAACAGUUACAGCAGAGAUGCUCACAGAAUUAAACAGCUACCAUGUAUCUUUAGCAUGUGUUGGAAAGCAUGGCUGACCGUCUGCUGCCAUCCCUCCUCCCUGGAAUGCAAUGCAUUUGAAACUUGAUCUGAAAAUGUUAUUGAUUAGGGAAUGCAAUAGGGACAGC